AUGGGGGUAAAACCUGUCAAUAAACCACAUCAACCUGGCCUUUUACCCACCCCAAUUCACUACAGAUCAAACACCUUCCAAAAACAAACUACACCGAAUACCUUCAAAAGACCUUUUGAACCAACUUCUUCAAAAACUAGCAAAAUUCCUGGGAGAAGGUUGACAUCUGCAGAGAUGGAUAAAAAGAGAGCCAAAGGACUUUAUUUUUUCUGUGAUGAGAAAUAUGUUCCUGGGCAUAAGUGUAACAAUAAUAAGCAGAUAUUCUUGGUGGAUAUGGUGGAGGAGGAACAGGUUAAGAAGGAUAUGAUAGAUAAAUCACUAACUGAGUAUAUAGAAGAAGGGGAUGAGUUCAUGACUAUUUCACUUCAGGCUUUCACAGGUGUUAGUGGAUACCAAACUAUAAGGGUAACUGGCUACCAUGAGAAGAAACCCUUACAAGUUUUGAUAGACACUGGAAGUACACAUAACUUCAUAGACCAAGAAGUUGCUAAGAAACUAGGUUACAAGGCUAGUUCUAUCAUGGAGCAAUUAGUAAGUGUAGCAGAUGGAAGAAGGGUGCAAACAGCUUCAUGGUUAAACACCCUUGGUAGGGUCAUAUUUGACUUCAGAAAUAGGACCAUAUAUUUUAUGUACCAAGAUGAAAAACUGCAAAGUCACCAUAUACAAGCUACUCCAGGUGAAUUCCUAACACCUGUUAUAUCUUACUUGAUUAAGCAGUAUGCUAGUAUCUUUGAACCUCCCACUACUCUUCCACCUCACAGAAGAGCAUUUGAUCAUAGAAUACCUCUAAUAGAAUCUGCUAAUCCUGUCAGUAAGAGACCUUAUAGAUACCCUGGUAUUAAGAAGGAUAUUAUUGAGAAACUUGUACAAGAAAUGCUGGAUCAAAGUAUUAUCCAGCAUAGCACAAGCCCUUAUGCUUCACCUGUUGUGUUGGUUGGGAAAAAAGAUGGCUGUUGGAGGUUGUGUGUAGACUAUCGAGAGUUAAACCAGCUUACUAUAAAGAAUAAAUUCCCAAUACCAAUAAUUGAAGAUUUGUUGGAUGAACUAUGUGGUGCAGUUGUAUUCUCAAAUAUAGAUUUAAGAGAUGGUUAUCAUCAGUUAAGAAUGCAUGAAGGGGACACUCAAAAGACAGCUUUUAAAACUCAUGAAGGGCAUUAUGAGUUCCUAGUCAUGCCUUUUAGACUGAAUAAUGCACCCUCAUCCUUCCAAAUGCCUAAAGUUGAGUACUUAGGCCUUUUCAUUAGUGAAGAGGGUGACUCCACAAAUCCAAAGAAGAUUGCCGCAGUUGCAAACUGGCCCAUGCCUAGCAAUAUUAAACAACUUAGAGGAUUUCUAGGCCUUGUUGGUUAUUAUAGAAGGUUCAUUCAAGGUUAUGGUUCUAUAUGCAGACCACUACAUGAUCUCCUCAAGAAGGAAGGGUUCAAAUGGUGUGAAGAAGCUACUGCAGCAUUUGAAAAGUUAAAACUAGCACUGAUUUAUGCACCUGUUCUAGCUAUACCAGAUUACUCUAAGCCCUUUAUAGUUGAAACUGAUGCUAGUGGUAAAGGAAGACCAUUUGUUGUUAAAACUUAUCAAAAGGCACUCAAACACUUGUUAGAGCAACAUAUUCAUACUGAUUUUCCGAUUCCUGGCAUCUCUAUGCUCAUGGCAUUUGACUUCUCAAUUGAGUAUAAAAAGGGAGUUGAAAACAAAGCUGCUGAUGCUUUGUCAAGGAAGCCUGAUUUUGAACUAUUGGCAAUAUCACUCCUAGCACCUCAUGAUUCCCUAUUUGAGCAAAUUAAAGCAACUUGGACAACUGAUAUAGUGUUGAAGGACAUAAUUCUGAAGCUGCACACUCAACCUUUUAAAUCCUUCACCUAG